AUGCAGCGACGAGGUAACCGUGACGUUCGCUUUGCCGCCGACGACGACGAUGAUUAUGAGUACGAGCGCUUCACAUACCGGCCGCUGUCCCGGCUACCCACACCGCCUCCCACGCUGAGCAAGCCGCUGGUGGUGGACCAAUCGCUCGAGGACGAUGACACGCUGAAUCCGCGAUACAGAGGUCCCGCCAUCCACCUCGUCAAUCUGAUUCCCGCUUCGGCAUCGCUGGCGAGCGCAUCCGUCCCCUUUGUCCAGGCCAUGCUGUCGCGGGCCGACCUGUCCAUGGAGAUGCUGGCCCUGGCGGUCUGCAUCCUCGACAGCCUCGACACCAAGUUUGCGCGCACGUGGCGGCUGUCGUGCCCGCUGUCAUGCCCCUUGAGCACGGACGACAUUGACUCCCCGGCUGCGGCAUCGCCAUCCCUCAGCAAGCGCCACUCUCUUCCGCCGAGGCCGCGCGACGUUCCCCAGCGGCAGCUUCACAUCGACUCUGUCCGUCCCGAAAUCAUCAUCCUGGCGGCCCUUCAGCCACCCCAGUUCUACCGCCUGGCCUGGGGUCGCGGCCUGUGGUCCAACGAGCAGCUCAACGUCACGGAGCGGUGCAUUAUGGAGAGCCUCGACUACCGCAUCCUGCCGCUGUGCGAAGACGACUGCCUUACCGACGCCAUGGUGGACAUGCAGCUGGCCGCCGAGCUGGAGUCGGGGCCACGGUGGAACAUGGCCCGCCAGCCCACGCCGCCGGAUAGUGCGGCUGGCAGCGACUGCGAAUUCGUGCCGAGCCAUAGCCGGUCCAAGACGACGGUUGGCGUGGCAUUUCCGUCUCGACGAUAA